CUGCCGGAAGCGAUGCAUUCUGUCGAUUCGUCGAUGUGAUUCUGUCAUCGUUUUCAGUUCAAUUUAGCGAUAGGCGCAGGAAAAGUGGGAAGUAAGCUUAAAAUUUCAAACUGACGAGAAUUCCAAAAAUUAUGGCUGGUGGCCAGUGGGAGGUUGUUGGAGGGAAAUCGAAGAAAACCAAAUCCAAAAAUGAUGGUUCAAAGGCAACUAAAGAUAAAAAAGCUAAAGAAAACCCUGCAUUUGAAACAUCAGGUCCUAUUUCUGAAAGUGAAACCCUUUUUAGUGCUUUUCUUGAGAAGGAAAAGAAGGAGAUUCCUAAACCUAAAAUAACUGUUGCUGAGACAACAAAAGAAAAAGAAAAAAACAUGCAGUCAAAGAAAAAAAAAGAGAAAAAGCCAACAUCUACAUCAUCCAAAGUGAAGAUGGAGGAAUUAUUUCAUUCUGUUACUACAGAUGACCUAAAAAAUCUGCUUGCCUGCCUAGAAGACAUGUGUCCUGAGCCAAACCAUAUCUGGCUAAAAGAUCUGGUUUCAUUUUUGAAUGUAAAGCUGGAAUGUCCCAUUGAAGAUGUAACAUUUAGUGAUAAGCCAAUUGGUUAUCCAUGUAUAUUGCUGCAUAAAGGAGUGUAUGAUUUCAUAUUGAAGACAUUUAAACGUUUCAGGACAGAGAUGCUGCAAGUUUUCUUUGAAUUUUGCUUGCAAAAUAUGGUGCAAGAUUCGCUAAAAGGCUUAAAUACUGUAGGAUAUCGUGUUGUUAUACAGUGCCUUGCUCAAGAAAUGCCUUUUAUUGUAACAGAAAAACUUAUCAAGUGUAUAGAUCUCUGUGAUUCUCACCAAAAUCGUCAAAAUAUUUGCCUAUCUGUGUUUUGGGCUGCUGGUCAGGCUGGAAACAACAACUUAGAAGCUGGCCUUAGAGUUUGGAUGAAUUUGAUGUUUCGUGCCAUUGGCAGCAAAACGUGUACUAAUUAUGCUGUUGAUUACUUAGAAAAACUCUUAAGUUCUGAAGAAUUUUUAAAAUGUUCCAAAAGUAUUCUGACUGUUUCUGAUUUAUUUCCAAUCUUGGAUUCUGUGUAUUCAAAAGAUCUUGGUAAAAAUGUGCAGAAAAGACUGUUGGCUCUUUAUCCUACUUUGAAGAUUUUAAGCUAUGGACCUAAACCAGAGGAUGUGGCUCAUAAUUUUUUCCCCUCCUAUCUUCGUAGACUAGAACCAGGGUGCCCUCCCAAUUUAAAGGAAGAACUAUUAUCUAGUCUUGUAUAUUGUUUAGAAAAAGAUGUUCAAACCUACCGAAUAUGGAGGCACAUAUAUACAAAGCAUUUUAUCCAAUCAAAGCUGCUAAUAGCUCACAUUAAUGAACAGUGGGAGAAUUUAAGAAGUAGACUCAGCAGAAAAGGUUUGGUUGAAACGUUAUCUGUAUUUCAAGUCACUAACGAGGAGCAGCUGAAUAUUGGAAAACGAAAUCCUAUUGUUGAGGAAUGUGUUUUUGUUACAAAAGAACUGCUUUAUAAAGUAAGAACACAAGGUGUUUCAUGGUUUCGACUAGCUUUGUUAUUUAUUCUAAUAUUUUCCAUAAUGCUGACAAUUGACAUCCUGAUCCAUAAUUCAUUCAUAGAAUCAAACAUAGGAAAAUUUAUGAGAGAUUCUGGUCUGCUUGUAAUUUUUGCUCAAGCUGGGGAGAAACUUGUAUAUUAUUAUGGAAAAGUGCAUAGGUUGCUGCAAGUUUAUUUUCCUGUUGCCAUGAAGUGGUGUGAAAAAAAUGUUUUACCUCACAUUGAUUCAUUUUGGAGACUGCUGUCAGAAUUAUUUAUGUCCCUUUGGAGAAGUUCAUUAGGAGUUCGAAGUUGGUGCAAUACCAAUGUUCAGGCUACAUUAAUUUUGGUUGAUCAAUAUUUUCCUGUGUAUGCAGCAAAAGUAAUAACUGCUGUGAAUAAUAUUAUAUUGCUGCUUUCAAGUCAACUAAAGGUAGCAUUUGCUUAUGUAUGGCAGUAUGGACAGACAGCUGUGGUUUGGUUGCAGUCAAAUGCUUAUGUGGCGAACUCCAUGGAAAUAGUACGAAACCAAAUUAUUAAUUUAAGUGGUUUCUUACAAGGACAUGUUGUAUCUCUAGUGAAUUUUAUUUACAGCCAUAUUCCUUCUCUUGUAUGAGUCUGAACAAGGAAAAAAAAUAUUUGUACACUUUUUAUAAUUAUUUUCAAUAAAUUUAU